AUGGCUUUCAAGAGCAGGAUAUCAGCCAUCACGGAUCACACGGAGCCGUCACGGUCAGCGCUCUCAUCACGCGCAUCGAAUACCACAAAUGUUGCGAAUAUAAAGACCCCUGUUAGCCGGCUAAAUAAGAGUGACUUUGCUCGUUCUCGGAGCUGGGCACCUCCAGUCUCUAUCACGCCCGAGUCGAAAGCCUUGGAGAGUAUCAAGGAGCGCCAGUGGAAGCGACAGCCAAAAGAUCAAUGUGGUCCCACCACCAAACCACUUCUCAUUGUCGAUGUUCAUGAUUUCGAGAUCUAUCAUGCACCAACAACUGACAAAAGAGCAUACGAACUUAUCAGCCUACAUUACCUCGAAGUCCCGGUUUCGAAGAAGCUGUGCUUCGACGGGUUCAUUCGUGUGGGCACAGUCAAUCACUACAUCCAAGCAGUGGGAAUUCAAGACUGCUCUAUCGAGGGAUACGGGGAUGAAGAAAAUCCCGGGAUUAUCGCCUACAUACGAUCAUUCGCCUCAAGCAAGGAUCAAUCGCUCGAAAUAUGGUAUCGGCUCAGGAAUGCAACUCCUAACUACCAAAGAUUCCAUGAACCAUUCCUCUGGGUGGCUCAACUCGGCAAGCACGUUCUGGAUUACAUCGAAGAGCAGCCAGUACACUCAGUCACUCUAUUAAGCUUCCGUAAGGCAUUUCAUUCCUGGCUCACUGGCCGGUUUCCUAACAACAACGAGUUUAAACAAUGGCACACAGCGUUUAGACAGCAGAAAGACUUCCGCAUUGCACUUCACGCCUAUAUAGAGUAUUUUUAUCAUCAGGCCUUCAAUCUGUCAACGUCGAAACAACUUCUGAACCAACCAUUAUGGGCCGAAUGCAUGGCUAAAGGUUUGACAUUCGUUAAGCCGCAGCAAGAGAUCCUUGACUAUACCUUGGCUACUCCCGACGUGUAUGCCUGCUUCAAGCACAUGUACUUCGGCGAACAGAUUCGGGAGAGGUGCCCAGUACGAAGUGUACAGCUCGAGCAGGAGCGCAGAAAACGCAAGCUUGGAAUUGCCCAAACCCCACAUGCUUUAGGGUCACGUAACCACCUACACUCGUUGAACAGAUGCCAGCCGUAUGGAGCCUCAUUAGUAAGAGUGGGUGACGUAGUGGUGUUCACACCAGAAAAAAACGAUGGAAUGAUCUGGAAGAACACGUCCUGGGACUGGCUAGCGUACGUCCAGGAUACACAACUCUUAGAUGAUGGUACGCAAAGACUCUACGUACUGUGGAUCUAUCAAAGCUGCGAAACAAAUAUCUACAAAGCGGAAUAUCCCUUCAAGAACGAAGUAUUUCUUUCAGACAACUGCAACUGCACGGAAGGGGAGCUUUUGUCAACAGAUAUCAAGGGCAAGUACAAUCUGGAUUGGUGUCCGCCUUCAAUCGAGAAAGACCGCUUGUUCAUUCGGCAAACCUACAUCACCCAAGAUAGCGCUUUUGUCAGCCUGCGAGACGAGCACAAGACAUGCGUUUGCCGAAAGAAGGAUGUUUUCCUCCAUUGCCCUGGCGAUACGGUCUACAUGGGAAGCACGUUGAAUGAAGAAGAGCCGUUAGAACCAGUUCUCAUCCAUAACAUCCACCAAGCCACUGGCUUAGUCACUGUACGAAGAAUGUCUCGACUUAAGCGCGACUGUGCUGAGAUAGCAACGAGAGCCCACCGCGUGGACAUAGCCCCCAACGAGCUAGUUUUUACCGACCAGUAUGAGACUUUGGCUAUGUCUCGAAUUCAACGGCGUUGUUCUGUAAAGAUUUUGACAAAGUCGGACAUUGAAAGCAACCAGGUGCCCUUCCCUUAUAACCUUGGAGGUGCUGGUGAUUUCUGGUUCAUGGCCAUGGGACUUGUAGAAGCAAACGGCAAGCAGCACCUCGUCUAUCUACAGAACCUUCCUAAGUCAUUCAAGCAAGGCCCUGAUGUUCUCGAGAGGUCUGAAGGAACGCUUAGAGGUCUAAGCAUUUUUAGUGGCGGGGGCUCACUCGACCGAGGACUCGAGGAAGGUGGUGCUGUCAAGAUUCAUACCGCAGUAGACUUCAGCGCUGAAGCUUGUCAUACACAGCGGGCGAACGCACAAGACCCAGAAAACCUCCAUAUAUACUGUGGUUCUGUUGAUGAUUACCUUGACACGGUACUUAGAGGCAAAGAUCAAAAGUUCAUUCCUCGAGUCGGUGAGGUUGACUUGAUUGUUGCAGGUUCUCCGUGUCCAGGAUUCUCUACACUACAGCAGGACUGGCAAAGCUCACAGUCCUUGCGCAACGCCUCGCAUAUCAGUACAUUCUGUUCCUUCAUAGACGUCUACCGACCUCUAUACGGUAUCCUCGAAAACGUAGUCAAUAUGUCAUCCACGCGAAAGGGCUAUGAAGAUCAGAACGUUUUGUCGCAAGUAGUUGCAUCACUUGUUUCUAUGGGCUAUCAAAACCCCCCAGGUUGUGGCUAUAAAGAAGCCGAAAGGCUUGGUCUUAUACCAGAAGCACUGAAAAAGUCUACUAGGAGUGAUGGUAGACCGUACGCGAGGAUUAAAGAGGCUGCUCUCGUACCAACCAUCACUACCACAUCCAACAUGCGAGACAAUUACAAUGGUGCAAGUGUUCACUGGGACCAAGACAGGUCUAUCAGCAUCUUGGAGGCACGGCGUGCACAAGGCUAUCCAGACGACGAGCCCAUCAUUGGCAAGCUCAAAGAACAAUACAAGAUCGUUGGCAAUGGUGUGGACCGGAAGGUAGCUUUCGCAAUGGGUCUUUCGCUAUCUCAGGCCAUCGAAAAAAAUGCAUCUGAUUUCGCCGCCAAUGGGAUGACACCAAGUGCAAGUGAAAUGUAUUCUCUUGCCGAUGAUACAGAGGAUGAGAAAAACGUUACCUCGGCGUUGUCACAGGAGCACCGGUAUUCUGGCUCAGUCGCCAAAAGAGACAGCGAAUACCUUGAAUUAGAUGUCGAUAGGCCAUCAGAAACAUCUCCUCGAACGUCCACGCUAUCACAGACAGAUACUGUCCAAGAAGCACCAGGUCUUCGCAAACGUCUAUCGCAGCAUUUCACCAACAGCAUCGGUAGACUCUCACUACAAUCACCAUCAAAGAACCAGACAUUAUCCAUUCUUACCAAACGCAGAAGAGAGCCGGAUACAGGUGAUGAAGAAAUAGUCACAGUAGAGACUUCUUCGCCCUCAGAGCGUCCAGGGAAACGAGCCAAGCCAAGCCGAAAAUCGCAGUCUUCUGCCGUAACUGCAGGUGAAAGCCAUCGGAAGGAUUCUAUGAGCAGUAGCGGAAGAUCAGCCAGCUCAUCAGCUCAGUGA